CUCCGCCAGCCCGCCAAUGUAUAAAAUGGAAUACUCCUACCUCAACUCCUCCGCCUACGAGUCCUGCAUGGCCGGCAUGGACACCUCCAGCCUGGCCUCGGCGUACGCGGACUUCAGCUCGUGCAGCCAAGCCGGCGGCUUCCAAUACAACCCCAUCCGGACCACCUUCGGGGCCACGUCGGGAUGCCCUUCCUUGGCGCCGGGCUCCUGCAGCCUGGGCAGCCUUCGCGACCACCAGAGCAGCCCCUACGCCGCAGUCCCCUACAAGCUCUUCACCGACCACGGGGGCUUGAACGAGAAGCGGAAGCAGCGGCGGAUCCGGACCACCUUCACCAGCGCCCAGCUGAAAGAGCUGGAGCGGGUUUUCGCCGAGACGCACUAUCCGGACAUCUACACGCGGGAGGAGUUGGCUCUCAAGAUCGACCUCACCGAGGCCCGCGUCCAGGUCUGGUUCCAGAACCGGAGGGCGAAAUUCCGCAAGCAGGAGCGGGCGGCGGCUGCUGCUGCGGCGGCGGCGAAGAACGGCUCGUCGGGGAAGAAGCCGGACGCCUCCCGGGACGACGAGGGCAAGGAGUCCAAGAGCACCGACCCGGACAGCACCGGCGGGCCCGGCCCCAACCCCAACCCAGCGCCCAGCUGCGGGGGAGGCGGCGGCAGCGGCGGCCCGAGCCCGGCGGGGCCCCCGGAUGUGGGCAAGGGCUCCGGGGCGGUGGCGGGGCCCGGGGGGGCGGUGGCGGGGCCGGGGGUGCAGGGCGGGGGGCUGGCGGGGCCGGGGCAGGGCUGGGCUCCCGGCCCGGGGCCCAUCGCCUCCAUCCCGGAUUCCUUAGGCGGGCCCUUCGCCAGCGUCCUCUCCUCGCUGCAGAGACCCAACGGCACCAAAGGCGGCACCCUGGUCAAGGGCAGCAUGUUUUGAAGCGGGCCGCGAAGG